AGGCAGCCGCGGAGAGUCGUUCCUGAGAGCACAUGCACCCCCAGAUGCCCAGUGUGCGCGGCACACGGGCUGGCACACGCGCGCGCGCACACACACACGCACACACACGCGCGCACACUCGCACUCCUGUUCUGCAUAGAUGUGUGGGUCCAAACUUGCGGCAGCACCGAGAGAAUGGGCUGAGAUGGACCGGUCCUCCUUGGCGCCUGGAGGGCUCAGCGCGGCUUCCCUCGACACCCCCAGAUGGAAGGGAGGGAAAGAAGACCGCGACACCCCGGUUAGAGUUGUCCCCCCUUUUCUGAGAAGAUCGGCGCGAAAGCCGGGGUGCCCGAAGCCUUUGGAAUAUGCCUGCUUGGCGGAGCCGAAGCGAGCGUUCUUGGAGAGGUCCCGAACUUGGGCCACCGGCCUCGCCUGGCAACUCGUUUUGCGCAGUUUUCGUCGGAGCCCCGGACCCGCCGCGCUCCUGGCCGGCUGGCGCCGCCACCCCCACCUUUUCCCUCUCCCUUUUUCAAAGGCACGAACUUGAAAUGAAGCGGAGACCAGGUCCGCGCCUCAGCACACUUUGGCGGCCAGCUGUCUUCCCUUCACACUGAGGAGUGGGAGCAAAGGACCGACUUUGCCGACUCUGAGGAGCAGUGUGGACACCUGGGCGCAGAUGGGCGAUGACCCAGCGGAAGGCAGCUUGGAGCCCUGCAAGGCAACAGGUCUGACAGAUGAAAAAGUGAAGGCGUAUCUUUCCCUUCAUCCCCAGGUGUUGGAUGAGUUUGUAUCUGAAAGUGUUAGUGCCGAGACCGUAGAAAAAUGGCUCAAGAGGAAAAACAACAAACCAGAAGAUGAAUCGGCUCCUAAGGAAGUCAGCAGGUACCAAGAUACGAAUAUGCAGGGAGUUGUGUAUGAAUUAAACAGCUACAUCGAACAGCGAUUAGAUACAGGAGGAGACAAUCAGUUACUCCUUUAUGAAUUGAGCAGCAUCAUUAAAAUAGCCACAAAAGCUGACGGAUUUGCACUGUAUUUCCUUGGAGAGUGCAAUAACAGUCUGUGUGUGUUCACCCCCCCCGGAAUCAAAGAAGGGAAACCCCGGCUCAUCCCUGCCGGGCCCAUCGCCCAGGGCACCACCAUCUCUGCCUACGUGGCCAAAUCCAGAAAAACGUUGCUCGUGGAAGACAUCCUUGGGGAUGAACGAUUUCCAAGAGGUACUGGCCUGGAGUCUGGGACUCGUAUACAGUCUGUUCUUUGUUUACCAAUUGUCACUGCAAUCGGUGAUUUGAUUGGCAUCCUUGAGCUGUAUCGGCACUGGGGCAAAGAAGCCUUCUGUAUGAGUCAUCAGGAGGUCGCGACAGCAAAUCUUGCCUGGGCUUCAGUAGCCAUCCAUCAGGUGCAGGUGUGCAGAGGCCUUGCCAAGCAGACCGAAUUGAAUGACUUCCUCCUUGACGUAUCCAAGACAUAUUUUGAUAACAUAGUCGCAAUAGACUCUCUACUUGAACACAUAAUGAUAUAUGCAAAAAAUCUGGUGAAUGCCGACCGUUGUGCACUUUUCCAGGUAGACCAUAAGAACAAGGAGUUAUAUUCAGACCUUUUUGAUAUCGGAGAGGAAAAGGAAGGAAAACCUGUCUUCAAGAAGACCAAAGAAAUCAGAUUUUCAAUUGAGAAAGGGAUUGCUGGUCAGGUAGCAAGAACAGGGGAAGUCCUGAACAUUCCAGAUGCCUAUGCAGACCCACGCUUCAACAGGGAAGUGGACUUGUACACGGGCUACACCACGCGGAACAUACUGUGCAUGCCCAUCGUGAGUCGGGGGAGUGUCAUAGGCGUGGUGCAGAUGGUCAACAAACUGAGCGGUAGUGCCUUCUCGAAAACGGACGAGAACAACUUCAAGAUGUUUGCUGUCUUCUGUGCGUUAGCCCUACACUGUGCCAAUAUGUAUCACAGGAUCCGACAUUCCGAGUGCAUUUACCGGGUGACAAUGGAGAAGCUGUCCUACCACAGCAUCUGCACCGCGGAAGAGUGGCAAGGCCUCAUGCACUUUAACCUCCCGGUGCGCCUCUGCAAGGAGAUCGAAUUAUUCCACUUUGACAUUGGUCCUUUUGAAAACAUGUGGCCUGGGAUUUUUGUCUACAUGGUCCAUCGGUCCUGUGGGACAUCCUGCUUCGAGCUCGAAAAGUUGUGUCGUUUCAUCAUGUCCGUGAAGAAGAACUACCGGCGGGUUCCUUACCACAACUGGAAACACGCGGUCACCGUGGCGCACUGCAUGUAUGCCAUACUCCAGAACAACCACGGGCUUUUCACCGACCUGGAGCGCAAAGGACUGCUAAUUGCGUGCCUGUGUCACGACCUGGACCACAGGGGCUUCAGUAACAGCUACCUGCAGAAAUUUGAUCACCCCCUGGCCGCCCUCUACUCUACGUCCACCAUGGAACAGCACCACUUCUCCCAGACGGUGUCCAUCCUGCAGCUGGAAGGGCACAAUAUCUUCUCCACCCUCAGCUCCAGUGAAUACGAACAGGUGCUUGAGAUCAUCCGUAAAGCCAUCAUUGCCACAGACCUCGCUUUGUACUUUGGAAACAGGAAGCAGCUGGAGGAGAUGUACCAGACCGGAUCGCUAAACCUUAAUAAUCAAUCACAUAGAGACCGUGUCAUUGGUUUGAUGAUGACCGCCUGUGAUCUUUGUUCCGUAACAAAACUGUGGCCGGUUACAAAACUGACAGCAAAUGAUAUAUAUGCAGAAUUCUGGGCUGAGGGUGACGAGAUGAAGAAGCUGGGAAUACAGCCCAUCCCCAUGAUGGACAGAGACAAGAAGGACGAGGUCCCACAGGGCCAGCUGGGCUUCUACAACGCCGUGGCCAUCCCCUGCUAUACCACCCUCACGCAGAUCUUCCCGCCCACGGAGCCUCUCCUGCAGGCGUGCAGGAAUAACCUGAGCCAGUGGGAGAAGGUGAUCCGAGGGGAGGAGAGUGCCGUGUGGGUCUCGUCCCAGCCGGGGGCCCACGAGCCAUCCGAGAAGCUGCCAGUGAAGAUGGGGGACUGACCGCUCCGCGACCAGCUGUCCCACCUGAAGACGCCCGUCCUGCUUCUUUGACUUUUCUUCCUUUUAUUUUUGGGGGGGGGAACCUACACCUGGUAACUAGGCUGCAGACCUCUUCGACAAGGUGACAUCGGGAAACACGGCAAGCGGAUGACUCCCCGCCAGUCUCGUCUGUAACGCAUCGUAGACGGUGACCAACCAGGACCACCCCGGGGCCAGAUCGGCUGUCCACGUGACCCCGUUUGACCUGUGAACUGGCCUUUUCUAAUAGGCACAUAUUGCUGAGGCCUUAAUGGGAUAGGACAACAAUCAUUCAGAAGGGGGUACUUUUCCAUUGUAUCUUUCUAGUGAGGGGUUAAAAUGGUACUACUCUGAUAUUGUACUUUGGCUCUAACACCAAUGUUGCUUUGACGUUGUUGGUUCUAAAUAGGAAUUUUUACAUAUUACUGUUGUGAAUGUUUGUGUGUGACCUACUUGUAAUUAGCGUGCAGUGUAGCAGACGGCCUCAGGACAAGCGUCAUUGAGGGGACAGCGUAAGAAGUGUCUUUCUGCAAUCAGUGAUGGACAGUAGUCAGAUUCCUGUUUCAGAGCCUCGUGAAUUAAAAGUUAGGUGGACGAAAGUGUGUUCUUUAGGUUUAUACUGAAGGGCUUAGAUGAAUAGGUCGAACACUGAAUGAGGUGGACUUUCUGUCCUGAGAAAAGAGGCAAGUAUACACCAUAACAAAUCUCCGAACCACAAGUAUCCACCAAAAAACGGCAAAGAAUAUUUUUUAGUUGGUGUUGUUUUUUUUUUCCCAUCAUUGUAGGCAAAUUUUCUAAACCCUUUGCAUAAAGAACAAAACAAAAGCCAAGCAUAUGAGUCUUUCUUAACAGACAGGUCUUAGGGGAUGUAAAAUGUGAAUUUUAAUAAUGAUUUCUUUAUAUUUUCACUUGGUGUCAUUGCAAAAUUUGAGACUCACACUCAAAAUGAGAGGUUUCUUCUACGAAUUCUUUCAUUAAAAUACCAUACGUUUCUCUUAAAAUCACAUUAAACCGUGAAAUUUAA